UUCCUUUGCACACCACGAACUUGAAUGCUUCCGACCGCUCAAGAGCAGUCCACGACGCCAAAACCCACACGGCGUUUUGCUCGGAGCAAAGGUUGUCCUCCCUGGUCGUUUCCAGAUCUUCCUGCGACAAGAAGGAACCCAUUAGUCCAACAAGCUGCCAUACCGAGCCCCUACGACGAUGGCGCAACCAAACCUCGGGAAGCCUCAGCCCUCUUCGCACACUUGGGUAGAACCGAUUGUUGUCAUAGGUAUCAUGAUAGCCUCGUGUUACAUAAAUCGUCAACGGCGAAAACCUGCGGACCGAGGCCAGGGCCUAUUCAAUCGCCCAAACCUAGACUUGGAAGACGAACCGAACGGGUCAAAUAUAUACGAUGAACAGGAACUCCUGUUCUUUUCCGUCGCGGAAUCCUCGUGGCCAACGAGUCAUGGUCGAAAAUCCCGUCUUUGCUGUGGUUUCAAGCUCGACACGGUCAAUACCUCUCAGUUCGCAACUCAUUGGCAUAGCCGAGUUCUCGAAAAAUUUCCCUUCCUGGUUGAGAUGUUCUACUGGGCCCUGAAUUUCAGUUGCUACGCCGCCGCCAAGGCCGUUGGCGAGACUUUUUUUGCCAAUGGAGAUGUUUGGCAAAUGGCAGAAAAGCAUGGCAUUGCUGUCCUUUGGUUUGAGCAGGAUGGUCCUUUCAAAUUUCUGUUCCCCUUCCGAGAGGUGGAUGUUCAGCACUUUUUCAUGUCUGAGCAUCAAGGCAUGUUGACAUUGCUCAACCGUACCUACUCUCUAGUACACAUCCCAGCGACGGUCGGUUUCCUCGGCUGGUACUACUAUUCCGCGCCAACUCAUUCUCACUUUGCAGCUGUCCGUCGCAUGAUGACGCUGACAAACAUCCUCAGCUUCGUUAUCUUCACGUUCUGGCCAUGCAUGCCACCUCGACUUCUGCCAAAAGAGUACGGGUUUUUUGAUACAGUCCGUCGCGAAGAUGCCCAGUCGGUGUGGGCGAGCGGCAAGUUCUUCAACCAACUCGCAGCCUUCCCAUCGCUGCAUUUUGGAUACGCCUUCUGUGUCGGUGCCACACUCAUAUUCCACUCCGGCGUUUUCCGCCGGCAGCCUGGUCCCCGUGGGAAACAAUGGAGCAGGGUCCGGCAAGGAGUUUUCGUUUUCUUGGGCGUGCUCUAUCCGGCUUUCGUCCUGACCAUUAUCGUGGCGACGGCAAAUCACUACUGGCUAGAUGCGUUGGCCGCUGCAGUUGUUGUCGCUUUGGCUUGGAAAUGCAAUCGCGUUUUGCUAGGGUUCUUACCAUUAGAGGACCUCUUCCUCUGGUGCAUAAGACUUAAGAAGCCUUUUCCUACAACUGGGUCCCGACUAUAAUGCCGCUAUUUACUGUUAUAUAGAAAUAAGUCGGCCUAGUUAGUCCUUUGAAAGUGUUUAAGACUUACCUUACUUCUAUUAAUUUAAAGGAAAAUAUCUACCUA